AUGCCGCCGGCUCGCGGGACCAAAACACUCGCCUGGUUUAUGGAUAACGAUAUUCUGAGCAAUCAAGAAGUGGGCGGAGCCUCAGGACCCCCGGUUGGAGUGAUUGGAAGCGGACGGAGGGGUAGCUCGUCGGAUGAAUCGAAAUCCACGACGCCACCAUCGAUUCAACAACAACAACACCUUCAACAACACCUGUACCACCUUCAGAAUCUUCAGAAUCAUCACCAUCAAAAUCAGAAUUCACACGUUCAGAAUCAGCAGAAGAAGCACAAGAAGUUUCGGAAAACGGCGUCGGGCCGUCGUGAAGGUUUUCAGGCGUCGUCGCAAGCGAUGUCCGAAUCCUCGGAAGACGGCGUCGUUGCAUCCGCUACAGUAAUCUCAGGGGCCACGUCAUCUGGAGCCGCACCGACGUCUUCUGGAAAUGAGGAGUACUGGUUUUAUGAUGUGCAAUCGGAUGGAUACUAUUAUGAGCAGAAUGGUGCGAAAGGGUGGAGACGGAGACAGCCGAACGCCGCGGUUCAUAAGUCACAGAAUGGGAAGGAUCAGGAAGUCGCCCAUAUGAACGUCAAUGGCCCAUCGAAAUACAACCAGCUCCUGGCCGCGCAGACCGCCGCCGCCCAAGCCGCCUUCCUCCAACAGGCCUAUCACAUGCAGGCCGCGGCCCAAAUGGCGGCCCAAAGCCCACCCACACCAAAUUCCGGCCCAGGAGCCGCUCAGAAUCCAACGAUGCGUUAUUAUGACCCGAAUUCUGAUGGAUUCUUCUACGAAAUGGCUUCAGUGGACGGAUGGAAACGUCGUCAACCGAAUAAGCCUGUCUCGGCAUCGGUUUCUGGAAUGAUUCGUCCGUAUUCUCAGAGGCCUCCGACGUCUUCUGGAGCAUCUGGAGCCACUUCGUCGUCGUCGUCGUCCUAUGGAGCCGCGCUGGCACGUGGACAAUUCCCGAGGAAUACGGUCAAACAGCCAGAAUCCACGUCUCCUGAUAUCCUCGGAAACGGAGGAGGAGGAGGAGGAGAAUCAUCGACACCAGGACUUCAGGAUUCUGGAUCCACGUCAUCGUCGACGUGUGGAGAGCCAACUACCAACUUUUCGGAGUUCUUGGCAUCGGUUCAACGGCCAUCGGCGUUGAAAUUGAUGGAAAAGGAUUCGGGAGCCAUGGAGAAUGCGCCCAACUCGACUGCCGCGCUUUUCGAUGCGAUGUUGGCGGAUUUAAACGCCGGGAGCAAGACGCCCGUCUACUCUUCGCAUCCACUCUCCUCGUCGAACUUUUCCACAAUUCCCACGUCACCAAUGAAGCCGAUGACGUCGGAUUCAUGGAAUUCGUUCCGCUCGUGCAGCCUCUUCUCCCCAAUCAAACCAUCGAAACGCGUCGUUCUGGGUGCCACAUCGUCUGGAUUCAGCCAACCAAUGGGCGCCACUCCAAUCAUGGACCUGAAUGACGAUACGAUGAACAUGUUGAUGCGCGAUUUGGACAAAUUGUGGGCAAACACGCCGGUUUCGGGCCUUAAUCAGGUCUUUUUGACUCCAAAUUCACAUUUUGGACCCCCGAAAAAUCGAAAAAUUAAAGCUGAGCAAUUUUGA